CUUGUGGACCUUUUGUUUUGGUGCCGGAAAAGGGGGUUGUUAGAAAAUACGGCACAGUUAUUUUCCAAAGAUCAAUGGCGUAAGAUAGGAGAAGAAUUGUGGGAGAGCGUUCAGACAGAGCAUAAAGGGGCGAAGAAAUUAACACGCACUUACCGCUCCAUUAAGCUCAUGAUUGAUCAAAUGCAUGCAGAGGCGGAAAUCGCAGCUGCGUUGAAGGGUGCCUUGAGUGAGAGUACGAAAAACUCGGACUUGGGGGAAACGGACUUAAUCGAGUGGGGCCCCCUCCCUGAUCCAGUGCCCCCCCGUACCUCCCCUGAAAAAACAAAAAUUGCUGCACCAGUGCAUAAGAAGGGGGAGUUUGAUGACUUAAUUAUCCCCUGGGACCCCUCAGAUGAGUUGCCCACGCAACCAUCUGCACCCCCUGAGCCAGAACCUAUGGAGGUACUGCCCGAAAAUGUACCCUUGCCGUCUGAGGAUGAUGACGAACUACAAAAAGAAUCGCCUUAUGCUGAACUUGUGAAAGAACUAAGGCAACAGCGCCACCAAAUGGCAAGGUUAAUGAUAGCUGUGAAAAAUUUAGACAAGGAUGGUGAUACGGGUAAAAAGAAAGAAAUGUAUAAAAAAGCCAUGGAGGCAAUUAAAGAAGGAAUCAAGAAUAUUGAAAGACAGUUGGACCAAAAGGAGAAAUUAGACGCCGGGGGACGAGAAGGGAUCGAGAGGGCAAAGGGGUAUAUCCCUAAAAGAGUAAACGAAUAUAUCCCUACAGAUCAUUCUUUUGACAUGGGGCGGAGAUGGAAGGGAGUUAUCACACAAGCUAAUUUGAAUGGGGAGUACGGGUUACACAGAAUGGAGCAGAAUGGACACCUUUAG